AUGAAGGUCUUCGCGUCUACUCUUGCCGUUAUAGUCGGUGCUGCCGCGGUUUGUCUUGGAGACAGAGCCCUUGAGAAACGCCACGGGCCAGAUUGGGACCUCUCCAAGCCUAUGAAUGGCAUCACGUUUGAAAGGAUCAAGGCAGUCUCAGCGCCUGUACACGACAAACCUACGGCACAAUUUUCAAGGCUUCGCAGUGUCCAAGGCAGGAGCAGCCGCGGAUCUAUAACUUCUGCUCUAGGCCGAGCCCUUCGAGGCUCUCCGAAUCGAACUAAGCCUUCGUUUCAGAAUAUUUCGUCAGUGGGAGAAUUUUCUACUCAGUACGCUGUGCAAUGUGGCUGGGAUGGAACGCCAGUCUGGCUUCUUUUUGAUACCGGCAGUGCAGACACCUGGGCUGCUCAAAGCGGAUUUGAAUGCCUCGAUAGCCUAGGUGAGGUGCAGGAAGCUGGUACUUGCGGAUUUGGCGGUGCCAAGCUUGACGAUUUUGGCGGCGGCGCUAUUGAUGAUUUGCAUUUCUAUCUCAAGUAUGGAUCUGGCGAAAAGGUGUCCGGCCCCAUGGGCUAUUCUAAUCUUGCCUGUGGUGGAGUGUCUGUCGAUAAACAGCAAGUUGGUCUCGCAAACAGCACGUACUGGCAUGGGAACAACAUGACUGUUGGCAUUCUAGGUCUUGCAUACCCUUCCAUUACUAGUGCCUACUAUGGUGAUAUUGGAAGCGAAGCUACGUGGAACGCCGUGACUUACACCCCGUUUCUCACCAAUGCCAUUACACAGGGCUCCAUUGAACCUGUAUUUAGCGUCGCCCUGUCCAAGAACUCCUCAGAUGGUGUACUCGCCUGGGGUGGCCUACCUCCCAUUGACUGGCAGAGGGGGGAUUACGGAGCAACUGAUCUGAUUAUUGCAAACUUGAUUGACCAAGCGCAGACAUCCUGGAAAUACUCGUUUUACACGAUUAUCCCCGAUGGAGUCCGCUGGGAUCAAACUACUGACUCUACAAAGUACCCCUAUAUUGUUGAUACCGGCACUACGAUGAACUAUCUGCCUCCUCCUUUGGCUGAAGCCGUUGCUCACGCAUUUCAACCUCGGGCCAUUUACUUGUACCAAUGGGGAUUAUAUUUUGCCCCCUGCGACGCAGUACCACCUCGAUUCGCCGUCGUGAUUGAUGGUGUCGAAUUUUGGAUCAACCCGUCAGACAUGCUCUACCAUGAUUUGGUUGAUCCAUUGACAGGGUACUGUGCAAUUUCUGUUGCAAGCGGUGGCUCUGGGCCCUACAUUCUGGGCGAUGCGUUUCUGCAAAACGUCGUGGCUGUGUUUGAUGUCGGUGCUGCACAGAUGAGAUUCUAUUCACGCAGCUAA